AUGAGCCCCACACAGUGGGACUUCCCUGUGGAAUUAUGUUGUCGGCCUAUGGCUUUUGUUACCCUUACGGGCCUGGAUGUAGUUUAUAAUGCUGUCCAUCGAGCUGUCUGGGACGCUUUCUGUGCCAAUCGGAGGGCUGAUCGGGUACCAAUAUCUUUCAAGGUGCUCCCAGGUGACCAUGAGUAUCCCAAAUGUAGGCCUAAGAGAACUUCCUAUGAAUGGUACAUUCCUAAGGGGAUCUUGAAGACCGGCUGGAUGAAUAAACAUCUGAAUCUGGUGCCGGCCCUGGUGGUUGUGUUCUAUGAACUGGACUGGGAUGAGCCCCAGUGGAAAGAAAAGCAGUCCGAGUGCGCUACCAGAGUGGAAAUCGUCAGGCAAAGUUUACAAGGGAGAAACACAAAAGUUGCAGUGGUUCUGAUUCAGAAGAAAACUCCUUUGCCACCAGGAGAAGAUGUUACUGCAUCAGAAAGAGCCGCAGCUUUAUGUAAUGCCUGUGAACUCUCAGGAAAAUCUUUGUUUGUAUUGCCCCACACUGACCACCUGGUGGGUUAUAUUAUAAGAUUAGAAAAUGCCUUUUAUGAACAUGCACAGACUUAUUACUACACUGAGAUUAGAAGAGUGAAAUCUCAUAAAGAAUUUUUGAAUAAAACAACACACCAGCUUUUAUUUGUUAGACAUCAGUUCAAAAUAGCUUUCUUCAGUGAAUUGAAACAAGAUACACAAAAUGCUCUGAAUAACAUCUGUAGGCUGUGUUUUCAGCACAACACCCCAUUGGAUGCAAUUGCUCAGUUCCGAAAACACAUUGACUUGUGUAAGAAAAAAAUCGGAAGUGCAGAGUUGUCUUUUGAGCAUGCUGCAUGGAUGUCUAAACAAUUCCAGGCCUUUGGAGAUUUAUUUGAUGAAGCUAUUAAGUUAGGGUUGACAGCUAUUCAAACUCAGAAUCCUGGUUUCUAUUACCAGCAGGCAGCAUACUAUGCCCAGGAGCGGAAGCAGCUUGCAAAAACCCUCUGUAACCAUGAAGCUUCUGUAACAUACCCCAAUCCUGAUCCGUUAGAAACACAAACAGGCGUUCUUGACUUUUAUGGACAAAGAUCAUGGCGACAAGGAAUACUAAGUUUUGAUCUUUCUGAUCCUGAAAAAGAGAAGGUGGGAAUUCUUGCCAUUCAGCUGAAGGAGAGAAGUGUUGUUCACUCUGAAAUAAUAAUAACUCUUCUGAGCAAUGCUGUUGCACAAUUUAAGAAGUAUAAAUGUCCAAGAAUGAAAAGUCAUCUAAUGGUUCAAAUGGGAGAGGAGUAUUAUUAUGCAAAGGAUUAUACCAAAGCUUUGAAGUUGCUGGAUUAUGUGAUGUGUGAUUAUCGGAGUGAAGGAUGGUGGACCCUGCUCACGUCCAUAUUGACUACAGCUCUGAAGUGCUCCUACCUCAUGGCCCAAUUAAAAGAUUACAUUACUUACUCCCUAGAACUCCUUGGAAGAGCUUCAACUCUGAAAGAUGACCAGAAAUCUCGGAUCGAAAAGAACCUCAUAAAUGUUCUGAUGAAUGAGAGUCCUGAUCCGGAACCUGACUGUGAUGUCUUAGCCGUGAAGACGGCUCAGAAGUUGUGGUCGGACCGAGUCUCCCUGGCCGGCAGCGGUGUCUUCACAAUAGGGGUGCAGGACUUCGUGCCAUUCGUACAAUGCAAAGCCAAGUUUCACGCCCCGAGUUUUCAUGUUGAUGUUCCUGUGCGAUUUGAUAUCUAUCUGAAGGCUGACUGUCCACAUCCCAUUCGGUUUUCCAAGCUCUGUGUCAGCUUUAAUAAUCAGGAAUAUAACCAGUUCUGUGUAAUCGAAGAAGCAACCAAAGCAAGUGAAGUUUUAGAAAAUUUGACUCAGGGAAAGAUGUGCUUAGUUCCUGGUAAAACAAGGAAGUUUUUAUUUAAAUUUGUUGCAAAAACUGAAGACGUGGGAAAGAAAAUUGAGAUUACUUCGGUAGAUCUGGUUCUGGGCCACGAGACGGGAAGAUGUGUGGUUUUAAAUUGGCAAGGAGGAGGAGGGGACGCCGCUUCCUCCCAAGAAGCCUUGCAGGCCUCGCGUUCUUUCAAAAGACGGCCUAAGCUCCCUGACAGUGAACUUCACUGGGACAGCAUAGUCAUUCAGGCAAGCACAAUGAUCAUCUCCAGAGUUCCAAACAUUUCUGUGCAUCUGCGACAUGACCCUCCUGCCCUGACCAAUGAAAUGUAUUGUUUGGUUGUGACCGUUGAGUCCCACGAGAAGACCCGAAUCAGAGACGUGAAGCUCACCGCUGGUUUAAAACCCGGACAGGAUGCCAAUUUAACUCAGAAAACGCACGUGUCUCUUCAUGGAACAGAACUGUGUGAUGAGUCCUACCCGGCUUUACUCACUGACAUUCCCGUGGGAGACUUACAUCCGGGGGAACAGCUGGAAAAAAUGUUAUACGUUCGCUGUGGAACAGUGGGUUCAAGAAUGUUUCUCGUGUAUGUUUCUUACCUGAUCAAUACAACUAUUGAAGACAAAGAAAUUGUUUGCAAGUGUCACAAGGAUGAAACUGUAACUAUAGAAACUGUCUUUCCAUUUGAUGUCGCGGUUAAAUUUGUCUCUACAAAGUUUGAACACCUGGAAAGGGUCUAUGCGGACAUCCCCUUUCUAUUGAUGACGGACCUUUUAAGUGCCUCACCUUGGGCCCUCACUAUUGUAUCCAGUGAGCUCCAGCUUGCGCCUUCUAUGACUCCUGUGGAUCAGCUGGAGUCCCAAGUGGACAAAGUUGUUUUACAGACUGGAGAGAGUGCUAGUGAAUGCUUUUGUCUUCGGUGCCCAUCUGUUGGAAAUGUUGAAGGUGGAGUAGCAACUGGGCAUUAUAUUAUCUCCUGGAAGAGGACCUCAGCCAUGGGGAAUGUUCCUGUCAUCAGUACUGCCGUCACUCUGCCACACGUGAUCGUAGAAAACAUUCCUCUCCACGUGAACGCAGAUCUGCCAUCAUUUGGGCGUGUCAGAGAAUCCUUACCUGUCAGGUAUCACCUACGGAACAAGACCAGCUUAGUUCAAGAUGUAGAGAUUUCUGUGGAGCCCAGUGAUGCCUUCAUGUUCUCAGGUCUCAAACAGAUUCGAUUACGGAUCCUCCCUGGCACCGAACAGGAAAUGUUAUAUAAUUUCUACCCUCUGAUGGCCGGAUACCAGCAACUGCCGUCUCUCAACGUCAACCUGCUUAGAUUUCCUCACUUCACAAAUCAACUGCUCAGGCGUUUUAUACCUACCAGUAUUUUUGUAAAGCCACAGGGCCGGCUCGUGGAUGAUACCUCUAUUGCUGCCGCAUGAAGUUCGAGACUGGCCCUUGGCUGUUCUUACAGAGAAGGUGGACGGAGCUAUAGAGGUUUUUCAUUGUGAACUGUAGCUUUGAUCAUGGUAAAAGUUAAUAUUUUCUAUUUUUUAAUGGUUGUUACACCAACUCUUCAGAGGAACUCAUGCUUAAAAUAUUAGGAAAAUCUAUCCUCUCUUACAGUUUCACUAAUAAAUAUGUGAAAUCUCUCAGUGUGACAUGGAAGGAUGUCUGACCAUUGUUAUUGUUGGAAGUAGUUUUAUGAACAGUAGGUUCUUAAAGUAAGUGAUUCGCAUGUGCAGUAUCAGAGGAAAAGGGAGCCUCCCAAACAGGACUGGCUAUGGGGAGGAAAGUGCACCUAAGCUGCCCCAGGGAAGUUCCGAAUCCCGGUGCGUCACUUUCAGAGUUGGCUGAACCGGAGAUCAGCCCGUCCUCGUACAUUGAAUUGAGUGCUCAGAAUCCAUACGUCCCAACUCGUAAGCAGUUGUGUGACUGAUCCAGAAAACUUCCAGAAAGUUUUAAUCAAAACGACUUAAGGUGUCUAAAAAAAUCUCUGCUUGGUGUCGAAACAUGUGAAAGAGGUUCAGCUUGCGCCAAAACGUGGAUCAUUGAUGAAGCAGGUUUUGUAUUUGUAAGUGUGUUAACAGAUUUUCAUCUCUAAGAAUCCAAGCUACAAGGAGGUGAUUAUAAGCUUAAUUUCUUAAACUAAAAGUUUUGGAAAAGGUUGCAAGUUCUAAAUGAGAGCUUUCAGUUAUAUUGUGCCGUUUCAAAAGGAACUAUUUAAAACUCUUGGAAAUUCAUGUAAAUAAAAAUCAUAUUGUAAUAAUUUUCUUCUGUUAAAAUAUCUUAAUUUAAAGCUUAUCGGAUUUCAUGGAAAAUUUUAUUAUUUAAAAGCGUAGGAGUUGUAAAAAGGAAAUAGUGAUGUAAAUAAAUACAUUCUCUUUCAA